AUUCUGUUUCGUAAUAUAAAGUUAUUAUUACAUUCGACUUCUUAUCUGAAUCAAGUUGCAAGUUGUCAUGUAUAAAGAUACAUAAAUUAUAAUUUUGUAAGAGGUUAUCCCUCGCCUGAAAAUAUUGAUUACAACAAUCGUUGAACGUAUUCACGGAUGUAUACUGCAAUUUUAGUAACACAAUGUCACAAGAAAAACCGUGUCGUGCAUGCAUGGAUUUUAAAUCGUGGGCAAAAAGUCAAAAAAAAGCUUUGGAAUCUGAAAAGGACUCUGAAGAAAAGAAGAAGAAAAGUUUGUCUGUAAAUAAUGUUAAACGUAAUGAUUGUCCAUUAGAUAAAGAUGAAUUAGGUUCAAGAACAUGGUCAUUUUUACAUACCAUGGCAGCAUAUUAUCCUAAUAAUCCAAGUGAUGAGCAAAAGUCUGAUAUGAAAAAGUUUUUUCAUAUAUUUUCCACGUUUUAUCCUUGCAAUGUAUGUGCAGAAGAUUUACAGGAACAAUUAAAACAAUUUCCUCCGCAAACUGAUUCACAGAAACAUUUGAGUCAAUGGCUUUGCAACAUACAUAAUGAGGUAAAUAAAAAACUUGGAAAACCAGAGUUUGAUUGUAAACUUGUUGAUCAAAGGUGGAAAGACGGUUGGCUUGAUGGUUCAUGUGACUGAUGAUUAUUAAUUUUGAUUGUUAACUUUUUAA